AUGCAGACUAUUGAAACUUAUACGCCCUCUUUGCCAAACCUCCAUUUAACUCCCUUCCAAUCCAUCAACACCGUCGCUGACGACGUCAACCCACUCUACUACCGCUUAACCACCGACAACUUCAUCGUCCUCACUCUCCCUUCCGGCCAACUUUUGUAUGCACUCGACCCCGCCACCGGUACUUCCUUGUGGUGGGCACUACGUCGCAUAGCUCGAGUCAUAACUCGCGCAGCCAUCCAUUCCAUCGCCAUCGACCCAUUCGUACCCGUCACGCAACGCGGAUAUAUUCCUCAGUUUCAGUUUGACCGUAUCUCUAUGCAGCGCCCGGCGGUUCUGUCCACGUUGAGCCCCGACUGCAUGAAUCCGCUUUACGGAUAUACCUCACGAGAAAAUAUUCAAGCAUGGUUUACCGACUUCCAGAACAUGGGGAGGCAGGCUAUCCAGUGGAUUCGGGCGGCACGCUAUCAGUCAGCACACUUAAGACUUCAUUCGGGUUGGAACUGGGACGUUCUUCCCCAGGACAGUGCGAGACUGGAAUUUCCUGACCGCUAUUUGAUCAAAGGACCCGAUGCACGCAUCGACUCCAACUCCUAUUCUGUCCCCUCCAUCUGCAGCUCUUCGGCUAGCGAUUCCUCCAGCGAGGUUAGCAGCUUUACGUUCGACGAAGACAUUAUUAUGGGAGGUAUCGAUGACGACGAUAGGAGCCUCGUCCUACAUCCUUUACUCUCAGCCUAUGCGAAACACUAUACCGAUUACGAUGUCUUUAGCAAGGAACCUCUAAUCGACAACGGUUACGUCGAGUCGCGACUAGCAGGUAAUUCGAAUCUCAAGGACAGGGGGGGUUGUAUUCCGUUGCGAUUGUACUUAGUUUUGUUAGGAAUGCAAGUCGAACCAAACAGUUUUGAGUCAGGUGAAAUGCAAGAAGAAUACACCAACGCAGAGUCGUAA